CUAUGUAAAGUUAUCUCUGAAGAGAGAUUGAAACUAAUGAUAAUGGAACAGACGUAAAAUAACAACAACAGAAACUACAACUGAAAUAGAGAAGCUGAAACCGAAACAGAGAAGGUGAAACCGAAAGUGAAUCAUGGGUGGAAACAAUCUGAGUGUUCCACUGGAUCAUGCUAAGAAGACUGGAGUGCUGUCUCUACAGAAUAAAAAGCUUGACAAGUUUCCAGAAGACAUACUGGAGUUGCGGAGGAACCUGCGUACUCUGGACGUAUCUAACAACAGGAUAGAAGAGUUACCUGACGACAUAGGCUGCAUGCAGAUGAUACGCACCUUCAAGUUAGAGGAGAAUAAGUUAGGUGAGUUACCUAAAACUAUAGGUAAUCUAGGUAAACUAGAGGCACUACACCUGUCGGGGAACCCGCUCAUGGAAUGGCCCACCCCCAUACACCGGUGUGGGAACCUUAAACAUCUCGACCUGAGUCGGUGUAGAAUCUCUGAGAUCCCAGACAGUAUCUCCAGUUUAAAGAAGUUGGACUACAUUUGUUUAUCUAACAACAGACUACACACCAUACCUGAUGGAAUGUGCGAGCUUAAGUUGGUGGAGAUAGAUCUGAACAGUAAUGACAUCGCAGUGAUACCGGUUGGUUUGGCGAAGAACCAGGUUCUCAGAGUCCUGCGACUUGAUCACAACUCUAUUACGUGUGCCGGCAUUCCUACUGAGAUCUUGAGCAAUUCGAUGAUCUCGACCCUCUCUUUGGAGGCUAACCCUAUUGAUCUGAGAAAGUUUAGAGAAAUGAAUGGGUACGAUAAGUACCAAGAGAGGUUUACAGCAACCAAGAGAAAGUGCGAUUGACAAGGCAGGGGCGGCACACAAGAAACUUAAAUCUGAAUGAGUAGUUUAUCUCCUUUGUGAAAUCCGAGGAAUGAGAAAUGAGGAGAGAUGAAGAGAUAGAGUUUAUAAAAGGACUGAUUUAGUUUUCGUUUUUUGGAGUCAGGGAUUAAAACUUGUUUUACUUUCCGUGUUAUCAGAUGAAGUAUCAGUUUUAAUUUAAAGUGAUAUUACUUUUGUUAAAGGGUUUUUGAAACUUUGCCUUUCAUUUUGUACGAAACUCUUGAUAAACGAAUUUAAUUUGAUUCCAGCUUUGUAGUGAAAGUCUUACUAAUCUGAUCAAUAAAUUGGCAUUAUACAAUUAUAAAAUUGUAUCAAGUUACUUCAAUACUUCCAUUGAUAUCUUU